GGCGGUAGCCGAGCACUCCCCACAGCCAAAUCCGCAGAGGAAAACAGAGAGAACACCAAAAGAGAAACAGAGUAUUCGAGCAGAGAUAGAUAGAUAGAUAGAUAGAGAGAGAGAGAGAGAGGAGCAGGAGGAGGAGAUGGCAGAGAGCAGAGACCUUGCGAUCAAGCUCUUCGGGAAGACGAUCCCCCUGCAGCCAACCGGAGAGUCGCCGCCGGUCUCCGGUGGCAGCGAGGAGAGCGGUGGGAAAGCGGAGAAGGAUCACAAAGAAGCAGCUACUCCAGAAACCAAGGACCAAGACAUGGAAUCCCCAGAUUCAGAAGAGAAGAGUGAUCCUCCAACACCUACAGCAGGCGAGACUGAUAAACUUUCCUCUGGCAAUCAAGAGGAUACAAACAUGAAGGAUUCGACACCCAAAGAGCAAUCAAAUGAGACAAGUAAUUCCCAAGAGAAAGCACCAAAGAAGCCGGACAAGAUCCUUCCUUGCCCUCGCUGCAGUAGCCUGGACACCAAGUUCUGCUACUUCAACAACUACAACGUCAACCAGCCAAGACACUUCUGUAAGAACUGCCAGAGAUACUGGACCGCCGGCGGCACCAUGAGGAAUGUCCCCGUGGGAGCUGGUCGCCGCAAGAACAAGAGCUCCAUCCCCCACUACAGACACAUAGCCAUGUCAGAUGCCACUCUCCAAGCAGUUCGAUCUGAUGCUAUGGAAGCAAUUCACCAUCCUCCCAUAAAACCCAAUGGCACUGUCCUUAGCUUUGGCUCCGACAUGCCUCUCUGCGAAUCAAUGGCCUCUGCACUGAACCUUGCUGAGAAAAACAUGAAGAACUGCACCCGAAACGGGUAUCACCAAAUGGAAGAAAAGACGGUUCCAUUGCCUUGCCGAGCGGAGAACGGAGAUGAGCACUCCAGUGGAUCAUCGGUGAUGGCACCAAAUUCUAAACAGGAGGCAGCCAAGACUAGUUUGCAGGGAGUUCCAGCUCCAAUUCCAUGUUUUAAUGGAACUCCAUGGGCCUACCAAUGGAAUCCAGCUGCUCCUCUCUGCACUUCAAGCUUUGCUAUUCCAUUCUAUCCUGCCCCAGCUUAUUGGGGCUGUGCAGUCCCUGGCUCUUGGAGCUUUCCAUGGCUCUCACCUCUAGCUUCUUCUCCUCCUCCUCCUAACAGUGGCUCCCCAGGAUCAGGACCCAAUUCUCCCACCUUGGGCAAGCAUUCAAGGGAUGGAAAUAUACUGAAAAGCAGCAAUCUGGAGAAAGAAGAUGGCCUCACACAGACCAAUCAGGAGAGGUGCAUCUGGGCUCCUAAAACAUUGAGGAUCGAUGACGCUGAUGAAGCUGCAAAGAGCUCUAUAUGGGCUAUGAUCGGUAUUAAGAACGACAAGGCUGGUGCAGUGAGUGGAAGAGGCAUCUUCAAGGCCUUCCAGCCAAAGGCAGGCAUCAAGAAUCAUACGAACGAGACCUCCCAACUGCUGCAUGCCAACCCUGCAGCUCUGUCACGGUCUCUUCGCUUCCAAGAGAGCUCAUAGAGGAGCAAAAUGCUGAAGUUUUGUAAAUUUAAGAUGACUACUAGUAAGGAGAUGGAGCCAUCUCGGAGUGGUCUUUCCUCAGAUGUAACAAUAAGAAUUCGCCAUCUUCACCUAGCUAUGAUGGUUUGUUUGUUUGUUUUUUUUUUUUUUCCUCAACGUAAAUAGCUGAUGAGUAGCAGAGAGGUAGAUUGAGGAGACUGAGAUAUGCACUUGUACAUAAAUAACUUAGCCAACUUGAUCAAAGGGGAUGUUCUUCUCUACAA